GAGCAAAAAAUAAGCGUGCAAAUCAGGCGACACAUGUAAAUCGAAAAAAAUCGUACAUGGAUGCUAUAUAUUUGCACGAGUAAUGCAAAAAAAAACCUAAUUUCAUUAGGCACACCCCCAUCUCUAUCUCUAAUAUCGCGUUCCGUUUGCGCUGCCCCUCUUUCGAGAUCCUGUUUGUUCGUUCCCUUUUCUAGGGUUUCCAAAUCUCAAACAUUUAUAAAGAUACAGAUCUGUGAAUUAGUGGUUAUAAUAUUAAUAAAUCGGCGAUGGAUUACUCGGAGAAGGAGCUUGAAGAGAAGCUUCGAGUAGCUGGAGAGAGGCUCGCGCAGCUGCCCACUCGAGUCGAUGUGCUUCUCCCUCUUCUCGAUGAAGUUGAGGAUCUUCUAGCAAAGGUGGAGCAGUCACCUUCACAAUCGAUACAAAAUGCAUAUUCUCAGUCCAUGAAAGCAUUGCUGGCCGAACAACUUCUAAGGCAUGCAAAUGUUGAUGUACAAGUUGCCGUUGCGUCCUGCAUCAGUGAGAUUACUAGAAUCACUGCACCUGAAGCACCAUACACUGACGAUCAGAUGAAAGAAGUAUUUCAGCUGAUUGUAUCAUCAUUUGUGGAUCUGUCCGACAUGUCUAGCAGAUCGUAUAACAAGCGUGCAUCUAUUCUUGAAACUGUUGCCAAGGUCAGGUCAUGUGUUGUAAUGUUAGAUCUUGAAUGUGAAGAGCUAAUUACCGAGAUGUUUCAGCACUUUCUAAGCUCGAUAAGAGAUGAGCAUCCAGAAAAAAUUUUGACAUCCAUGGAAACAAUAAUGACUCUUGUACUGGAGGAAAGCGAAGAUGUCUCACUGGAGCUUUUAACACCCAUACUCGAAAGUUUAAAAAGGAAUGAUGAGGAAAUUCCAACUGCUGCUCGGAAAUUGGGGGAGCGUGUGUUUGAGAAGUGCGCAGCGAAACUUAAACCUUAUAUCAGGAAAGCUGUGAAGUCUUUGGGAUUCUCUUUGGAUAGCUACAGUGAAAUUGUUGCUACAGUUUGCAAUGGUUCCAAUGGUGAGGUUGACCACAAAGAUGGAAAUGUUUCUUCUCUGGAGCAUUUGGCUGGUGAGACCAAUUUAAAUACAUCUUUUGUUGAGGCAGCCCAGGAUGCAGAAGAACCUGUAACAGAAGAGCCUUGUAUGGAAGAUGUUCCUCUCGAGGUGCAGAAAUCUUUGAAGUCGCUGAGUAAUGAAAUGACUGAGACCGGCGAUGAAGAGAUGUCUAAUGCUUCCGAUCCCCUAAAAAAGACUGAUGAGGGUAAUAUCAGUAACAAGUCUUUGGAUGUUGAUACAAGCAGAGUUGACACAGAUGAUAUUGAUACUACAAAAGCGGGCAAAGUUGAUUUGAAGCAAGUAAAAACUGCCAAGAGAAGAGGGAGAAAACCUCGCAACACGAAACCCUCCAAUUCUUCACCUAUAGAAAGUGAUAAAGAAGCUGAGGUUACAUGUCAGAAGGUAAGUGACAAAGGAUCUGAGGAAUUGCCAGACGUUGCAAAAGAUGUCCCUACUCCGGUUGAGAAGAAUGCACUUGUUGAUGCAGAGGCAGCUGGAGAAAAAGAACAGGUUCCAUUUUCUUCGAAAGAAAUAUCGGAAAAUGAAGGUAAUGUUUCUCCUGUGUCCCCAAACAGGAGUGUUCUUGAUGAAAGUCCUAAGAAGGCUGGUUUGUCAAGUAAGGAAGAAAAUUUGGCUCAAGAAGAUACUUUAAUGAAAUCUGCUCCUGGAAUGAGUGGGAAAGAAAUUAGUCCAGAAAGCCACUCUGAUAAGAAGAAAUUAAAUUCAGCUCUUGAAGAUUCACCAUCAGUGGAUAGUGCUCACACUGAAGCAGCUGAUAUUGACAAUGGUCAGGAAGUUGAGCUCCCAAAUCGCUCUGAAAAGAUGCCAGAAUGCCUUGCUGAAGAACAUGAAUUAUCUAAAGAUCCAUGUUCGGCAACUGUUGUAGCAGCAGAUGGGGGCAGUGAUCCGGACAUCAAACCACAAAAGCUUUCUAGGAAUAAGAAAGGGGGUAAAGGAGAUGAACCUUCUGAAGUUCUUGAUUCAACAAAGGUAUCUGCUGGAAGUACAGAUUCAGAAAACAAAGUGCAUAACCAGUCUGGAAACAAACUGGAGAACUUGGCUGAAGAAGACGAACCUCUGGAAUCUCUUUCACCAAAGGUAGAUGACAAGAUUAGUGAAUCUGAAGAAAAGCCACAGAAGCGGUCAGGGAAGAAAGCUGCCCGUACGAAGAAAACUACUCGCAUUUCAAAGAGGAAGAUGCCAGGUAGAAAAGGUACUUCCAAAAUCGAGACAGAGGAUAGCAGUGAUGACGAGGCAGAACAGCAAAAACAGUCUGUUGAGGAGGAUAGCAGUGAAUCGGAGACGAAGCCGUUAGUCUCAGCAGGUAAGGAGUCAACACGAAGGCACAGGGGAAAGAAUUCAGGUAAGGGUGAUUCGUCAGAGGCAAAGGUGCCCAUUAAGAAGCAAGAUACAGUUAAAGAGAGCGAGCCGGAGACAGAUAGUGAUGGAAGUGACUUAAAAGUGAAGCCAGUGGUGCAAUCUGGUAAGGGGAAAAGAAGCAGACAUAGGGGAAGACCUCUAAGAAGUUUAGCCAAGGGUGGGGUGGCAGGGUCGAAGAUGUCUAGUGAGAAGGCUGACACAACCAACAAGGAUGAAGAUUCAUCUAAAAAAAAUUCCGAAAGGCGUGCACAAGUGAAGAAUACAAAGGAGAGAGUUUUAUUGAACCCCCAGGCUAAUAAGGAAGAUGAAGAUAUUAAUAUUUCUCCGCGUUCCACCUCAAAACUAGUCAAAGAUGAUGAUCAAUCUGAAGAUGCUAAAGGAAAUGCGAAGAGGAAGCGUACACCGGCCAGAGAAAAGGUUCCUGGAGAUAUCGAGUAUGGUAUGAAUCUAGUUGGUGCUAAAAUUAAAGUGUGGUGGCCGGAUGACAAACAAUACUAUGAAGGCAUUAUAGAAUCAUUUGAUCGUGCGAAGAAGAAACAUAAGGUAUCGUAUACUGAUGGUGAUGAAGAGGUGUUACAUCUACAGAAGGAGAGAUGGGAACUUGUGGAUGAUGAUACUAUGCAGGAGGACGCAAAUGAAGAUUCCAGUCCUGAUUCUUCUACCAAAUCACGUAGUAGGAAGAAAGCUAAAGCAAAUGCUGUGCAGUCAUUAAAGCUGAAACAGAAGGAUGUAUCACCUAGAAGUGGCAGAGGUGGAGCUGCUGCUUCAAGCAAAUCGAAAGGCGCUGCUAGUAAAUCUGGUGGGAAAGUUGAUAGCAAAUUAAAAGAUAAGAAAUCAAAGGUUACAGGUAAAUCGGAGGACAAUUCAGAAAGUGAAGAUUUAUCUGUUGAUGACGUGCCAGGAGCAGCCAGAAAAUCCAAAGAUGACGAUGCCAAUAUGCCUAGGAUCAAACAGAAGUCCAAGAUUGAAAGUCCGAGGACUGUAACCAAGGCGAAGGCUAAAUCACCCCAAACUGGCAACACAUUAAAUGGCACUGGGAAGGGUAAAUCUGGUUUGCUUAAGGUGAAAGACUCUGGCAAAACACCAGAGGUGAAGUCGACAGACACAUCAAAGUCUAAAAAAAGUAGCGGAAAGAGUGGGAAAAAACGGCGAAGGGGGUAUUAAGGCUGUUGCUGUUCCAGCUACUUCAUCACUAGUUUUUGCCAUGCUGCAGGCAUUUCAAAGAGGGGCUGGUAGGUCUCUGCAGUUGUCUGCAUGCCUAAUACAUGUAUUUGGUAUUGAUAUGUGCUGUGACUGACUUAUAAGUCGUAGUUCGGCUUGGUUAUUAUCAGCUAUCCGGUUUAUAGAUGUAGGAGUAGGAUAGUCUGGUAUAUUUUCAUCUAAGUCAAAUAUCUUGUUGUAGGAAGAGUUUUAGGCCAGCUCUAGCUAAGCACUUAAAUUUACUGUUCUGUUUUUCUUUUUUAAACCUGGAAGGAUUUACUUGUCGUCUGACGGUUGGUUGCCCUCAGCAUGCUUGGUCAUUUCCUUGCAUUGGAGUUCUUGGUUAGAUCAUUUACUUGUGCA